GCCAGGGAGCUACUUAAGCAAAGCCAUGGGGCGCUACCUGCUGCGAGGUGCAGUCCCACGGUCACACACAUCUGCAGAAGAAGGGAUAACCUGUGGUGAUGCCGGGUUGGCGACCAUUGCCGGCAGCAGCAGUGACAGCUGUCCUGCUUCUGUGGGUAUUCAGCUGUGGCCAUGGGGAGGCAAGCACUGAUUUUGCUAACAUGACUGCACUCCAAAAGCAUGUCGAAUUUUUCGACCGGGAUAAAGAUGGCAUUAUUACACCUUCAGAGAUGUUUGAAGGAUAUGUUGCACUUGGAUGUGAUGCGGAAUUUGCCAGGGCUACAGUUGCAUCCGUUAGUGCCGGUGUCGGUCCUAUUACAAGCCCUGUUGAUGCACCACUGCCUCACUUCUCAAUAUACGUAGAGUAUAUCCAUAAAGCAAUGCAUGGAAGUGAUACCGGCGCAUAUGAUGCUAAAGGAAGGUUUGUCCCAGAAAAGUUUGAAGAAAUUUUCACAAAGCAUGCAAAGGUCAGACCAGAUGCGUUAACAUCCAUGGAGAUCGAGGAGAUGAUUCUAGCAAAUCGAGAUCCAUUAGACCCUCAAUCAUGGGCUGCGCCUGAAAAAGAGUGGGGACUAAUAUACAAGCUAGCAAGUGAUACGGAAGGAUUUCUUCACAAGGAUAGUGCGAGAGGUAUAUACGAUGGCAGUGUGUUCUACAAGUUGGAGGAACAGAGGACAUCUUCACGAAGUGAUAUGUGACUGAGUCCAGCAUCCAGACACAAUAUAAUGUAUACGAAAGCAAUAGUGAAAAAUUAUUCAAUAACUUGUACCUAUAGUGUAUUAUUACAGUCAUUAGAAUGUACUAGCCUGUCAACCCGUGCUCCUGCAUGGGCUAAUUAGAAUUAAUAUAAAUAUAAAGUUUAUAGCUAAUAAUUAUAAUUAUCUA